GCUUCUCCACACCCUGGACCACGGGUGCACAGCGUGCCCGUGGCCUCCGCGUGGCACUUCCCACGGCACCCAAGGUGGCGCAACCUUGGGGGCCCGUGGAGACGACCUGGCACGAGUAUGCAUCAGCGGAUAGCAACCAAGUUGGGGAUGGGUUGCUGCUGGCGGAGCAGCGCCAGAGACUCCGAGAGCUUCUGGAGCAGGAGGUAGACAAGCUUGACGGCCACAGUGAGCGGGUCUUCCUGGGAGGUCUUUCGCAAGGUUGCACCGCAGCCCUGGACAUCUACCUACAAGAGGCCUGCCACCUUCGUUUGGGUGGAUUCGUCGGAAGUGUAGGUUUUCUUCCGAGCGAUGAGCUCGGCUUCCCCGGGGCGAACGAGGCAGUGGAAGCCCUCCUGGCCGACAAGGACCAAGCUGCACGGCCGGUUGUCCUCCAAAGUGCUGAG